AUGGAUGUGAACCGUGCAGCAUGCUGCAAGAGGAGCAAAGAGUGCCAUUACCAGGCCAGUCGGCGAGGUGGUCCGCGAAAGGGUGCCAAAUACGACAAUUCGAAGAGGAAUACGGACAUUGAUGCCUCCCGGCUUCCACAGGCACCAACCAAUUCCGUUGGCUACUCAGGUAAGAUGGAUACCCGUAUGUCCAUAUCCGCCUCUGACCGAAAACCAGUGACAGCCCCUGGGAGUCAAGCAGACCCCUUGAACGUCUCAGGGCUCGUCAGUCCGUCCAGUGGAAUCCAGAACUUUGUCAACUUAUCGGGUAUCCUUUCAGUGACUGAUGGUGUUUGUCGUUGCUGGAAUCAACUAUACCCAGAUGAGGGACAGCCAAAUCAUGAGACAGCUGCUCCUGGGAACCCGACAGCUUUAACAAUGCGAGCAUAUGAAAACGAAGCAGAUAUUCUCAACGCGUAUUACGCUUUCAUUCAUCCAUACCUCCCACUUUUGCCCCCACCGGUGGUCCCACAAUAUGAGGAUUGUCCGGUAAUUGUACGUAUGCAGGAGGAGAACUUCACUUCUCCCAGCAGGACGGUUGUGCCGUACUGGCCGGUGUCGCCACUCAGUCUGGCAUUGAGCUCUAUAUUGGUGCUUAUCCCACCUGCCCAGGAUGUAUAUUCUGCAUCCAAGACAGCUCUGAGACGGGCGUAUUCCGAAAUCUAUGCGAGCUCUGCUCUUGAAAGUGUCAAUAGAGAAGUUGAACUUCUUGGAUUGACUUCGGGAUGCACGCGCCGCCCAUUUCAUCCAAACGCACAAUUGGAGCUUGAGGCAAUUCAGGCUCUUGUCACUUUGAGCACAUAUGAGUACUGCCAGCGCGGUAACAUCUCCAAGAUGCGCCUCCGGACAAAUCAGGCGGUUACGACAGCAAUGGACAUGUCGCUACAUGAUCUUGGCAAGGAAACUAUUGAGAUACCUGAGGCACAAAGGCGUGCAUGGUGGAUGACGAUGUAUAUGGCCUAUUUCUCCUCAGUUUUGAACGUCUCCCCACCUAUUAUUUCGGUGGAUGAUCCAAGAAUAACCACACCAUAUCCCGAAUUCCUUGUACCCUUAGAGCCUUGGCCGUUGAUUCUAAAAGCGCAACGGGCGCUCUUCAGUUCAACCAACAUGUUGAAAGGCUUCGAAGCGGGUUCCAGAGUACUACCGGCUUCACUGUCCGAAGAAAACUUCCACGAACUCAACAUGUACUUACAGUCAUUAAUGGUUGAAUCAGAUCACCCGCUCCCAAUGAUGGACCGGCACGAUGCAGAAGCAUCUGCGGUGGAAGGUUUGUGGAUCAUCGCUCGCAUCUUGAUUCACACGUAA